GGAACCCCAAACACCGAAAAAAAAAAAAAAAAAACACUUGCAGUUCACUCUCUUUUACCCCCUUUUUUUAUCUUCGGAGCCCUAAAUUCCCGUUCUUUGAAGUUUCCAAUCCCCAACUAGUUGAUCGCUUGAGAGUUUCCAAUUCAUGGAUAAUCGUCAUACAAGGAGGAGGUUUGUAAGCUCCUCUGCUGACAAGGACAUAAUCAGUAACUUGCCUGAGGAUUUGCUAGACCCGAUUUUAGAGCGGCUCCCAGUUAAAGAUGCUGUAAGGACAAGUGUUUUAUCUAGAAAGUGGAGAUACAGAUGGACCACUAUGAAGACACUGUUUCUCUAUAAGCAAUUCUCUCAACAGUUUUUAAAAACUGGAGCCUUCAGUUGUAAUGGGUUUAUUAGGGUUUUAAACCAGAUUAUGAUCCUUCACAGUGGUCCCAUUUUCAAAUUUGUUCUCCAUAUACCAAAAGAGAUAUUUCUUGAUAGUCUCAAAGAAGUUGAUCAAUGGAUGUUAAUCCUAUCAAGGAAUAAUGUUAGGGAACUCCACAUUGUGAACUCCAAUCGGGUUUAUCAUAUUCCAUCCUCCGUAUUCUCUUGUCUACAAUUGACAAAGCUGAACUUGUUUACCUGUAUUUUCAAGCCACCACCUGCGUUUAAGGGAUUUCCCAAUCUUCAAGAUAUUAAAUUAAUGCAUGUUGAUUUCGGGGUUAAUUUAGGUGGAACUGUAAUCAACUUACCACAACUUAAGAAUUUGAUACUUUAUGGUUGUCGCAAUGUUAACAACUUCAACAUCAAGGCUGAAAAAUUGCAGAAUUUGCGUGUCAACGGUUGCCCUGAUGCCAAUGCCAUGGUGCUCCAAUUGUUGCAUAGUGAACACCUUAAUGCAGUUUAUAUAUGUCGUCUGUCAAAAUCCGUAAAAGAUUUAUUUCAAGUUAAAAGAUUUAGUUUUACUAUUGAUAGUUAUUUUCUCAAGAUUUUGGCUGCAGAAAAGUUUCCAAACUCGCUUCCACAUGUGGUACAAUGCUUACAGGAACUGGAGUUCACAAGUUUUAGUUUCGGAGAUUUGAAUCAACUUCAAGGUGCUCUAUCUAUGCUUCGGAACUCACCUUGUUUGAAAAGACUUCUUGUGACCCAUAUGCCGAUGGGACAAGAGGCUGAUUUGCAAUUAACAUCUAACUACUUAGAAUCCCCUGACUGUCUGGAUCAGACAUUGCUCAAGUUGCAAACUGUAGAAAUGACAUAUUUAGAAGGGUCAAGACCAGAGCUCCUCUUUGUAUAGCUUCUGCUCGAUCAUUCUCCACAUCUUGAAAGUAUGAUUAUCAGACCAAGUGCAAAGGUUGAUGCUGAGAAAAGGCACAACAUUGCAAAGGAUGUUUUGAUGUUCCCACGAGCCUCACCAAAAGCAAAAGUGGUCUUCUUGGAUCCGGAGCCAUAAUUCUAUAAGAAUGUUUUAAGUGCAUUGAUAUCCGGUAGCUAUCUCGUAGUUUAUAUAUUGUCUUUUAUUUAACCUUUUUGGUAUGCAGUUGAAAGAACAAUGUAUGUUAAGGACGCGUAGCUCUAUAUAUCUAGUUAAGACUAGUGGACUUGGACUCAAAA